AAAAACCUCACACCCCCCUUUAACACACACACACCCCUUUAACACACCCCUACACCACUCCCCUUUAACACACCACUCCCUUUAACACACACCCCUUUAACACACACACACCCCCCUUUAACACACACACACCCCUUUAACACACACACUCCCCUUUAACACACACACUCCCUUUAACACACACAUCCCCUUAACACACACACUCCCCUUUAACACACACUCCCCUUUAACACACACACACCCCCUUUAAACACACCACACUCCCCUUUAACACACACUCCCCUUUAACACACACUCCCCUUUAACACACACUCCCCCUUUAACACACACACCCCUUUAACACACACACCCCCUUUAACCACACACUUCCCUUUAACACACACUUCCCUUUAACACACACUUCCCUUUAACACACACUCCCCUUUAACACACACUCCUCCCUCAGUUCAAUUUCUAUUUAAGGGGCUUCUCUUCUUCUCUCUCUCUCUCUGCACUCUGACUGGAACACAUUGCUGUUGUCAUUCACAGAGUAUGGAGCUCAAACUACACUUUACACUACUGGUCAAACACUAUACUUUACAUUACUGUUCAAACUCAUAUACUUUACAUCACUGGUCAAACUCUACACUUUACACUACUGGUCAAACUAUAUACUUUACACUACUGGUCAAACACUAUACUUUACACUACUGUUCAAACUAUAUACAUUACACUACUGUUCAAACUCAUAUACUUUACAUUACUGGUCAAACACUACACUUUACACUACUGGUCAAACACUAUACUUUACACUACUGUUCAAACUAUAUACAUUACACUACUGUUCAAACUCUAUACUUUACAUUACUGGUCAAACACUACACUUUACAUUACUGGUCAAACACUAUACUUUACACUACUGUUCAAACUCAUAUACUUUACACUACUGUUCAAGCUCAUAUACUUUACACUACUGGUCAAACACUAUACUUUACACUACUGUUCAAACUCAUAUACAUUACACUACUGUUCAAACUCAUAUACUUUACAUUACUGGUCAAACACUAUACUUUACACUACUGUUCAAACUCAUAUACUUUACACUACCGUUCAAGCUCAUAUACUUUACACUACUGUUCAAACUCAUAUACUUUACACUACUGUUCAAGCUCAUAUACUUUACACUACUGUUCAAACUCAUAUACUUUACACUACUGUUCAAGCUAAUACACUUUACACUACUGGUCAAACACUAUACUUUACACUACUGUUCAAACUCAUAUACAUUACACUACUGUUCAAACUCAUAUACUUACAUUACUGGUCAAACACUAUACUUUACACUACUGUUCAAACUCAUAUACAUCACACUACUGUUCAAACUCAUAUACUUACAUUACUGGUCAAACACUAUACUUUACACUACUGUUCAAACUCAUAUACAUUACACUACUGUUCAAACUCAUAUACUUACAUUACUGGUCAAACUAUAUACUUUACAUUACUGGUCAAACAAUAUACUUUACAUUACUGUUCAAACUCUACACUUUAAAUUAUUGGUCAAACUCUAUACUUUACAUUAUUGGUCAAACUCAUAUACUUACAUACUGUUCAACUUACAUAUGGUCUAUACUUUACAUUACUGGUCAAACGAUAUACUUUACAUUACUGGUUCAAAACUCAUAUACUUUUUUUUUUUUUUUUUUUUUUUUUUUUAACAUUACUGUUCAAACUCUUACUUUACAUUAUGGUCAAACUUUCUUUACUUCUUUCAAACCUCACUUUACAUUCCGUUCAAAAUCUAUACUUUCAUUAUGGUCAAACGAUAUCUUUUUCAUUACUGGUUUAAACUAUUCUUUACAUACCGUUUAAAAAUACUUUAAAAUUACUGGUCAAAAUAACUUACAAACUGGUCAAACAUAUUUUACAUUUCUGGUUUGGGGAAUCUGUCCAAUUAGGAAAUUAUAAUCAUGGCUUGACCUCUUCCCCCCCCCCCCUCCCCCCCCCCUCCCCCCCCCCCCCCCCCCCCCCCCCCCCCUCCCCUCCCUCCUCUCCCCCCCAGGACCCCCCCUCAGCACCCCCCAUCAUAACCCAGUCAUGACACCCCUGGGACGUUAAGUGGCGGAGCCUUUAGAACGCGGUGGCCGUGGAGACCUGACUUACAGCGUGGGGUGUGUCCGAUGUAGCUCCUCCCCCCAGAGGGUGUGUCUUCCCUGUGGAGAGGGCGUGUCCUAUCGCCCCCCCCGCCCCUGGCCUUCCACACAAAGGCAGGGGGGUGUCAGGGGGUCCUCCCCCACACCCCUACACCUUCACCGCCAUCAGAAAUGGCGUUUAA